AUGGCACAGUAUGGUGUGAGAUCCAGAGCUUCCUUAUGCCCCCUUUUGUGUGGAAUGGCUCCUCACAGGGACUGCUGGAACCGAUUAUUGCUGGGGCCCGAUGUCAUGGGGGUAGUUAGAGUGGCUUUUGUAAGUUCCAGGUUUCCUUUACUUCUUCAAUCGUUGGUGAUUGAUGAAUGA